AUGUCUCGGCCGGCCGCGGAGAAACCCAAACACUGGAGGAAAACCAGAAACGGAAGAGUAAUCGCUUCAGCUUCAAUUUCCGGUCCCUCCCAAGCGAGCGCGGAGCGUGGGCAGGCGCGGGAGGCCUGCCGGAGGCGGGGCCUCAGUGACAGCGGGGAGUCCGGCGAAGGAGGCGUGGCCUUGGUUUCCACGCCGCGGCGCUCGGCUACCACCGCUGGGCGCUCAACCAACGCGGGCCUGGCGGAGCGCGGCGGCGGUGGCGGCGCGCGGGGAACGCGAGGCGACCGGGAGCCUCUGGGUCCCCGGCGGCGCGUCGCUCGGCUGGGCCGGGAGCCGCGCCAGUCGGAGCCCGGGGGCCAGCGCGGCCCGCCUCCGUCCCUGCGUUCAUCUGGCCGCAACGCAGCCGGCGGCCAUGAGCGAGCCGCCAGGGGCGCCGCCGCCGCCGGCGCCUGCAGGCCGCGGUUAAAGAAGAAAGUCCGUCCUAGCUCAACCCCGAACGAGAAGGCCACCCGGAGCAAGGAGGAGACCCGCAGCAAGAAAGUGAUCCGGAGCAAAGAGGAGAUCCGCAGCAAGAAAGUGACCCGGAGCAAGGAGGUGCCCCUGGACAAAGUGGUGACCCUGGCGGAGGAGGUGACCCAGACCGAGAAAGUGACCCAGGUCGACGAGGUGACCCAGACAGACCCAGUGACCCAGGCCGACUCAGUAACCCAGGCCGACCCAGUGACCCAGACCGAGGAGAUGGCAGAAACGGGGCUCAGCGUGACCGUCACUCACAGCAAUGAGAAGUAUGACCUUCAUGUUACCCCACAGCAGGGCAGCAGUGAACCAAUUGUCCAAGACCUGGCCCAGGUUGUUGAAGAGGCCACAGGGGUUCCAGUACCUUUUCAGAAGCUCAUAUUUAAGGGAAAGUCCCUGAAGGAAAUGGAGACACCAUUGUCAGCACUUGGAAUGCAAGAUGGCUGCCGGGUCAUGUUAAUUGGGGAAAAGAGCAAUCCGGAAGAAGAGGUUGAGCUAAAGAAGUUGAAGGACUUAGAGGCAUCUGUAGCGAAGGUAGCUAACCACCUGGAAGAGUUGAAUAAAGAACUUGCUGGAAUCCAGCAGGGUUUUCUGGCUAAGGAUUUGCAAGCAGAAGCUCUCAGCAAGCUUGAUAGGAGAGUGAAGGCAACAAUGGAGCAGUUCAUGAAGAUCUUGGAGGAGAUUGACACAAUGGUCCUACCAGAAAAUUUCAAAGAUAGUAGGCUAAAAAGGAAGAGUUUGGUGCAGAAGGUUCAGGCAUUCCUAGCUGAGUGUGACAUGGCGGAGCAGAACAUCUGCCAGGAGACUGAGCGGCUGCAGUCUACAAAUCUGGCCCUUUCUGAGUGAAAUGUGGUAGAGGCCGUGCUGGCCUGAAGCAGUGUCAACAGUGCAACCCUCUCUGGAACAGAAGUUGCCUGUGUCUCCAGGGCUGCCAGAAGCAGCUGGCCAUUUGCCAAUUUUCUGACUCCUACACCAGUUUUCAGUGAAAAAGUACUGUCUUUGCCACCCGCAAGUAGAGCUCCGGUUUCCUCAUUCUGGCUCCACGUGGCUGCAUUGCCCAGCAGCUGCCUCUUUAGGAGAGGGCCUCCCUGCCCAUAUUUUACCAACUCUUCUGACAUUCAGGUGCUUUUGGGGGACUGGUGAGAGCUCUCAUUUAUCCAGAGCUAGUUCCAGGUUUAUAGGGCACCCUGGUCUUAAGUCACACAAAGUUGUUCUUAAUCUUUUGAUCCCAGUGUUCCAUAGAAGUAAAAAACAGAAUCAGGAGGAGAAGGUUGCGUGUAGUUGAGAACGUUGGACUGGCUGCGCACACGGGCCAUCACACUGUGCCUUGUUGUGAACAUCCGGCUGGAUCGCUGUUUAAGGACCUUGUCCUCGUCUUCCAGUGACCUUGCCAGCGACAGGAUUUCAAGAAACCUUUCCUCAUGGGGCCUGUGGUUGAUGUCUGAAUUUUCUUGACCCCAAGCAACUCUUAAGUAUGUUAGAGCCCAGUUUCUGCUUAAAACCAGUCUAGAACCCUGGCUUAGGAAGGCGAAGGCGGCAGAGUGGGGGUAGGGGGCGUCAGAGUAAGGGAAAGGCCCAUGGAAACUUCUCAGGAGUGACGGGUUUCUGUUAAUCAUACUCUUCUGAGUUUUGCAUGUCCUUCGAUGCUUUUUUUUACCCAUUUUGUGGACUUAUACUGCCAUUGCUAUUAAAACUACUUUAUAUGCCCACCA